AUGGGUACAACCGAACCAGAUCUAGUUGCUCAGUUUGAAAAGGAUUCAAACAGGAGAGGAGGCAAAGAUAAAGAUGACGAACAAGACCUUGACGACGAACAUCAAGUAGAUGAUUUCGAAAACAUAGACUUUUAUGCAGUAUUGAAUGUCCCUAGAAAUGCAACAGCAACAGAGAUACAGGUAGCAUAUAAAAAGUUGGCAUUUACAUAUCAUCCAGACAAACAAAUAGACCCUGUCCUAAAGGAAGAGAGUCAACACAAGUUUGCAUUGAUCUCGAUGGCACGUGACACACUGUGCGAUGAGAAACAACGUGCCAUCUAUGAUCGCUAUGGUAUCAAUGGACUAACAAACUCACAGGCAAUCAUCAACAAGUAUGAAGAGGUUGACAACCUACUCAGAGCAAUGGGAAAGAUUCAACAAGGCAUCAGAGAGGAGCGUGAGAUGGACGGUUUCACCGGAACGGGUCAGCAAGACGUGAGUAUUGGUUACUUUGCCCAAUACCGGACCUUUUUCUUGGAGCGAUUCAACUCCAAACAACAAUACAACAUCAAGACUGGCUUUUGUGAGAUUGAUAUCAUUCCAUCGUUUCAACACAACUUUAUUCAAAAGGAGGCAACCUUUGGAUGUGGCACAGUUAUACGCAAACCAAUAUCUCAUCGUGUCCAAGCAAUCUGUGCUGUCGACUUUCAUCAAGGUUAUCCACUACAAUCAAUGGUUGGACUUAAAACUGUAGUUACAAAGAACACAAUGGGUCAGUUGACACUUUCAUCAAUGGGAUUACAUCCAGUUGAAAUAAAGGGAUCAUUAACAAGACAUAUAAACCCAGAGUUGAGUGCAAUUUUGGAAGCUGCAUUAUCAAUUGGAGGAAAGUCUGGUGGUAUAAUAUUGCAGAAAAAUGUAGAAAAUAGAGUAUUAAAUGUUUCUGUAAAUGCAAGUACAGGAGUAUAUGGAAAUGGAAUAACAACAUCAAUGACAAGACAAUUACCAAUUUCAAAACGAACAUUUAUUUCAUUUACAGUUGCAUCAAAGGGGUUUGGAUUUGGUAGUUUCAAUACAUCAAUCACAAGAAGAUUGUCAAAGGUUCUUGAUAUUGAUUUCAGCAUGAAGGUGACAAAAUCAAAAUUCUUGUAUGUCAUUGGUAUCAGACACAAGUUCCAAUCCUUUGAGAUCCCAUUCCCAAUCUUUACCCAAGUAUCCUAUAAACAUUCUCUACUCUUCUUUACAGUUCCAUCUGUCAUUUUAUCAUUAUUCAAACUUUGUGUAUUAAAUCCAAUUCAAAAGAGUAAAGAUAAAAAGAAUCUUGAAGAAAAGAAAGAAAAAUAUAUACAUGAAAUGGAAAAAGAGAAACAAAGAUCAUCUAUAGAUAUUCAAUUGAUGAAACCAUCGGUAGAGAAAAAGAUUGCGACUGAACAAUCAAAGAAUGGUUUAAUUAUACAAGAGGCAUGGUACGGAGUUUUGGAUGAUCGUGGAAGACCUACUGACCAACACCCAGACUUCCCAUCUUAUAUUGAUGUCACCAUUCCACUUCAAUAUUUGGUAGAAGACAGCAAGCUUGAAUUGCACGCCAACAAAAAAUCUGAUCUUCUUGGCUUUUGGGAUCCACGUAUUGGAGAAUUCAAGAGAUUAAAGGUUACCUAUUUCUUCCAAGGUAAAUUACAUCAAGUUGUAAUUGGUGAUGAAGAAUAUAUGAGAUUACCUUUAAGAUCACAUUUAAUGAAUAAUUAA